UGAAAAUGCUGACUGUAUAAACAAGUAGUCUAUACAGCCAUAGAUAGUAUGAUACAGCUGCCGAAAUAUUAUAGCUAGCUAGCUAGCUGUUCCAUUACUGGUACAUGGUAUAUAUAUCAGAGAUUGGAAUAAUGAAGUGUGUAUUUUUUCUUGCUCUUCUCCUCCCUGCUGUCCUGGCAGCCAAUAUUGACCUCUCCACCUACCCUCUGACCGCUGACCUGAGACCAGGGAGCUACAGGCUGCACUGGAGCUUUAAUGUUGAGGAGCAGAGCAUAAGGUUUGCAGUGAAUGUGAGCACCACUGGAUGGAUUGGACUGGGACUAUCUCCCACUGGAGGAAUGCCUAACUCUGACAUUGUCAUUGGAUGGGUCAACGAUCAAGGACAAGCCUUUUUGGAUGAUCGCUUUGCUACUGCACAAAGCCUCCCACCAGUUGAUAAACAGCAAGACUGGAUCCUAGAGGCAGGAGAACAAGAGAAUGGAUUCACUGUUCUUGCCUUUAGAAGAAACUGGACCACUUGUGAUCAGCAAGACAGAGAUAUUAAUACAGACACAGCUCGUAUCAUAUUUAGCUGGAAUGAUGUGGACCCAGUUAGCGAUGACCCCACUUCAGCUACGUAUCACGGGCGUCAAAACCGUGGUACAUUGAGUAUCAACCUUCUGGGAGGACAACAACAAGUGCCUCCUGACUCGGAUGAUCUGCAGACCUUUGACGUUGCUGUUAAUGCUGUCGCCGUUCCCAGUGAAAGUACCACCUACUGGUGCUAUGUGGAAGAGUUUCCGCAAGAUAUCAGAGCCAUGACUCAUUAUGUGACGAAGAUAUCGCCUGUCAUCACCCCUGGAAACGAGUUGCACGUCCACCACAUUCUGAUCUACGAGUGCGAAAAUCUCAAUGCUACGCAUGUCGGCUUCAGUGCCCCCUGUAAUGGUGGUGGGCCAACUGGGAUCAUGGUAUCACAAUGCAGACAAGGCACUCUGAUAGUGGGAUGGGCUGUGGGAGGAGGAGAUUUUGUGUUCCCUGCUGAUGUAGCUUACCCAGUGGGUGGAGGUGGUCCUCGCUAUCUUGUCAUGGAAACUCACUAUGACAACCCUAAUCAAGCCUCAAAUAUUGUGGACAACUCUGGGAUGAGAUUCUCGUACACUGCCACUCCGCGUACCUACGAUUCUGGUAUUCUGCAAGUUGGACAGACGGUCAAUCGCCAAAUGAUCAUACCGCCUGGAGCCUCCCAGUUCAAACUGUUUGGAGAGUGUAGUAGCGGGUGUACUAACACAAAUAUUCCUUCAACUGGCAUAAAUGUCUUCGCCAACACUUUGCACACUCAUCUAGCCGGAUUUGCAUUAAUUCUUCAUCACUUGAGACCUGAUAGCUCUUGUGGUAAUGGCUAUCGUGAGCUGGAACCAAUUGAUCAAAAUCUCCGAUAUGACUUUAACUUCCAGCAGGCUAACUAUCUUACAAGAGUAGUUAACGUUCAGCCCGGUGACAUAAUUCGUUUGGAGUGUCAGUACAGCACUGAGGGGAGAGCUGGAGUGUCAGUGGGAGGGGAGAGUACAACUGAAGAGAUGUGUCUCUCGUUCUUAAACUACUACCCAAGAAAUGAUCUAACUGCCUGUCUGACCAACAUUCCUCUUGUACAGAAUGUCUAUCAGCCUUUCCUCACCAAUCAUGUGACUGCCCAGCAGAUCAAUGCUAUUCUUACUGCCAGAUCUGAUGCAGAGUACCUAAAUGCUCUAAAUGUUAUCCCAUGGAGCCCUGAAGCGGUUGAGUCAUUCCAAAGCAGCAUUAUCAACGGACCUUUUAGAGAUUCGUGCUUUACUGUGCAAGAUACGAGUAGCGAGAUAUUUUCCAAUGGACUCCAAGAGGCUGAUGCCCAGUGCCAGUAUCAAGCCAAUGACCCGUGUAACCCUGGAGGCAACCCUGGAGGCAACAGUGCGUCUGUGAUUGUCGCUAGCAUCUCCAUAACCAUUAUGGUUUCUGUCAUGGCUCUCUUCAUGUGAAGUGAACAAAACUGCAUGUAAUCUGUUUUAGACGUUUUUAUACUUGUAUACUAGAUUAGUUAAUUUGUACUUAGUCUAUUUAUAUAAUUAGUCGAUAUAAUUAGACCUAUAUAAACCCCUAUAUAAUUAUUGAUACAAUAAAAAUUAUAGCGGAUAUGUAUAA